GACCCGCCGCCAGUCGCGCCACAAGCCCCGGAGGGGCUGCACGUGUCCUCGCUCCCGCCGACCGACUUAUGUAACCAUCCGCACGGUGAGUCCGCAGCCUCCGUGCCCCUUCCUCCCCGACAUCGACCCCGCGACUCGAACCCACGCGCUCUGUCACACGGCCGCCCUCCGCGGAGCGAGCCACCGCGCGACUGAUAACCCUCGGAUACUCUCGUACGUUGUGCUUAACCGUCAGCUGAGAGGUGACAUAAUCGAUGCAGUAAGUACCGGUGUCCGGUGAGUGCGAGUAUUCGCGGAAUGCAGAUUCAACAACGGGCAGCUACACUAACCUCACAAAAUUACAAAUUAAGAAAUAAUUUAGUUUAGUAUAAUUAUCGAAUAAACGACGAAGCGCCUUCAAUUUUCCAAUUACGCAUUAGUUAGCUUAAUUAGAAGAUAAGAUAGUGUAGUCAAGUGGGUUGUGGUUGUGAGGCGCGUGUCGUGUCGCGCGCGUCGGUCGCUGGUGUCGCGGGGAUCAAUGCGUGUGUGUGCGGCGCGCGUGGGCCGGCAGACGGCGUGAGAGAGUCGCGCGCACGUGCGCGUCGGGUCGGCAAGAUUGAGGUGGUGGCCGGGUGCGGGUGGGGCAGGCGCGCGCGCGUGCGGCCGCUGCACGCGCUGGGCCGCGCGGCCGGCAUGUUGGCCUCGCAGCGCUCGCAGUCCUGCAACGAGGAGGGCGCGUUCUUCGGGGCGCGCGCGCUGCGCCGGCCGCGCGGCAAGGGCAGCGGCAGCCCGACCUGCUAGGGGUACGCCAUGUCGCUGCGCAGCCUGCACCGGCGGCUAUCAUCCGCCAAUAACACAUGCGAUGAUGGUGGAGGCGGCGCGGCGACAGGCACGGGCGGGCGUGCGGCGUCGCUGCGGCUGGCGAACGGGCGCGUGGCGGCUCAGUCGGCCGAGCAGCUGCCGCACUCGCCGGCCGACUGCGCGUCCGUGCGCAUUUCCAUGGACAACACCAACACAUGCUGCACCGACUCGCUCGUCACCGCCCUCGACGACGAGACAUUGCUGCUAGGCGACGCCGAUAUGUCGCUGAAGCAGGGCAGCGGCACCGGCAAAGUCCAUUUCGGUGGUUUGGACGAUGUGUCCUUGUACGGCACGCCAGUGGAACCAGCGCCGCCGGCGACGGACGCCAAGCAAGGCUUCCUGCGAAACCAGCUGCAGGCACUCUUCCAACCCACCGACAACAAACUAGCCAUGAAACUCUUCGGCUCCAAGAAGGCGCUGAUGAAGGAGCGCAUCAGGCAGAAAGCAGCAGGACACUGGGUUAUACAUCCGUGCAGUAGUUUCAGAUUCUAUUGGGACCUGUGUAUGUUACUACUGCUCGUGGCCAACCUCAUCAUCCUGCCUGUUGCCAUCUCCUUCUUCAACGAUGACCUCAGCACGCGCUGGAUCGCCUUCAACUGUCUUUCCGACACCAUAUUUCUUAUAGAUAUCGUUGUUAAUUUUAGAACAGGAAUAAUGCAGCAAGAUAAUGCAGAACAAGUGAUAUUAGAUCCCAAGUUAAUAGCGAAGCACUAUUUGAGGACAUGGUUCUUCCUUGACCUCAUCUCUAGUAUACCACUAGAUUAUAUAUUUUUGAUCUUCAAUCAGGUAAACGACUUUAGUGAAAGCUUUCAAAUUCUUCACGCGGGUCGUGCACUAAGGAUACUUCGGUUAGCAAAACUUCUAUCUCUGGUGCGGUUGUUGCGGCUCUCCAGGCUCGUCCGAUAUGUAUCACAAUGGGAGGAAGUAUAUAUGAGCCCCGCCCCGCAGCCGCGCGACGAGCCGGGCGACGCGGACGGCGGCUCGCGCGACCUCGCCUCGCAGAUCUUGCAGAAUCUUCAAAAAAAGCGCACGGAACGGAGGGGACGUCUCAGCUCCGACGUUGCCAACAAAAAGAAGGGUGACACCAAAAGCAAUCUAAUCUUUAAGUUCCUCAACAUGGCAUCCGUUUUCAUGCGGAUAUUCAACUUGAUCUGCAUGAUGUUAUUGAUCGGACAUUGGUCCGGUUGUCUACAGUUCCUCGUUCCUAUGCUGCAAGGAUUCCCACCAAACUCUUGGGUUGCAAUAAACGAACUACAGGAAGCCUUUUGGUUAGAACAGUACUCGUGGGCGCUGUUCAAAGCCAUGUCACAUAUGCUGUGCAUCGGUUACGGCCGCUUCCCGCCGCAGUCGCUCACAGACAUGUGGCUCACCAUGCUCUCCAUGAUCUCCGGAGCCACCUGUUAUGCCUUGUUCCUCGGUCACGCCACCAAUCUCAUCCAGAGUCUUGACUCCUCACGAAGACAGUACCGAGAAAAGGUGAAACAAGUGGAGGAGUACAUGGCGUACCGCAAGCUGCCUCGGGAGAUGCGUCAACGGAUCACGGAGUACUUCGAGCACCGCUACCAGGGCAAGUUCUUCGACGAGGAGCUGAUCCUGGGCGAGCUGAGCGAGAAGCUCCGGGAGGACGUCAUCAACUACAACUGCCGAUCACUUGUCGCUUCAGUGCCAUUCUUUGCCAACGCCGACUCAAACUUCGUGUCCGACGUUGUGACCAAACUACGUUACGAAGUCUUCCAACCUGGUGAUAUCAUCAUUAAGGAAGGAACCAUCGGGAGCAAAAUGUAUUUCAUACAAGAAGGCAUCGUCGACAUCGUCAUGGCCAACGGUGAAGUGGCCACGAGUUUGUCAGACGGUUCCUACUUCGGCGAGAUCUGCCUCCUAACGAACGCUCGAAGAGUGGCCUCCGUCCGCGCCGAGACGUACUGCAAUUUAUUCUCCCUGUCAGUGGACCACUUCAACGCUGUGCUCGACCAGUACCCGCUCAUGCGACGGACCAUGGAGAGCGUGGCGGCCGAACGACUAAACAAAAUAGGGAAGAACCCCAACCUCGUGGCGCACCGGGAGGACGACACGACGUCGGAAGGCAACACCAUCAACGCCGUGGUGAACGCGCUGGCGGCCGAGGCCGAGCACGUGAGCCUGUCGGACGACAGCGUGGCGCGGCUGUCGGAGCGCUCGCUGGGGCUGGCGCUGCAGCCGCUGCAGGCGGCGUCGUGUCGCAUGGCGGGCGUGGCGCUGCCGGGGCUGGGCGUGGCGGGCGUGGCGCUGCCGCGGCCCAAGUCCGAGCACGACUUCAGCGCCGCCGCGCCGCUGUCGUCCGCGGCCGCCGCCUUCCACAAGUCGGACGCGGGCAUCGCGCCCUGACGCCGCACGCUGUGCUAGUGCGACAUAGCAAUACUAGGCUUAGUGCGAGCGUCCCGCGGCACGCUCGCUAGUUGUAGCGUAGACACGAGUAUUAUAGCUGCGACUUCGCCGGGCGGACUCCGCGCCGCCCGUUGAAUCUCAUUUUGUGAUCUUAUACUUAAUUCUCCUGUGUUAUAAUUUAGGUUAAAUUUUAUAUCAUUGACGCUGUGAGGAAUCGAAGAAUACGUGACGUAUUCCGAUUGUAUAGAUAUACCUGUUAUAUAUUGAAGAAUGAUACUAUUGAAUCUUUAUAGAGAUACCUUGCCAUUAAAAGAGAAAAUAAUUAUAUAGACUAGACUGAAAUGUAAAGAUAUCACUAUUUUAUGCUUUGUUGGCGUAUGACAUAGACCUCUAUUGUUGAUGCGGAAUAUUCGGUCGCGAAGUUAAGUAUGAAAGUUUAUAAACGUUCCUGAUUAUCACGAUUCAGAGAUUAUUAUAUUGGAAGCUGUUAUUGUAACGUGGGGUCGUGGGAGGUUACGAGUGGAGCCGGGCGAGGCGCGAGGGCGCAGGCCGGGCCUCCGCUGCACAAGCGACGCACAACUGAACAGAGCCUCACGCGCGAUUCCAAUAGCACACGGUUGCUUUCUUCAUUUAAUUAUAAGUAGUAUCUACCGAUAAUCGGCAUAAUUAGCGCAAACAAUUCUCUCAGUUUCUUAAGUAGAGGUGGAUCAGUAGCGCUUCGAAUCUUUUGAGAGUUUCUGUAUGUAAAUAUUGUAAUAUCGAGGUUUGCCUUAGCGCGGGUCGUGUGAGCGGAGUGUUAGCGGGCGUUCGUUCGAGCGGUCCAGUCAAUUAAUCCGAGCGCUCGCGUUGCGCGAUGGACGUCUCGGUUCUCGAUGCACUACUACACUUCAUACCUUGUUUUAAUUGUAGGUGAAAAUAAUUUAUUGUCGAUAGUGAUCAUUUCGUAGGAGUAAGUAGGCCGGAGCGUUAACAAAUUCGGACGAAUUACAUUAUGUGAUAGAGCAGCGGUCGGCUGCGCGGGCCCCGCGGCCGCCGGCUCGGCGACUCGUAGAUGGACCAGUAGAUAGACCGUUACGUGCAUGACACAUGAUCUCUCACUUGGAACUUAUCUAUCGUUUGACUCCUUCGAUAGCCACUUUAGUUACUUCUGGCAAUUACAAUGGCUUACCGCAAACGCUUAUACAUUUGAAUAACUGUAGCCUACCUUAGGUGUAUAAUUAUAAUGAGCAACAUAUCCUAGCGAGGCUCAGUCCGAUUAGUUUCUGUCGCCGAGCCGACGGCCGCGCCGGCGUCGCAACCUUUGGCACGAAUCAUCGUUGACUAAUUCUUAUAGUGUCAUGACAAUUUGUAAAGAUGGUUUUGCAAAUGUUGACUUUUUAGCCAAAAUAUAGGUAAUGAAUGACGAACCAAUACGCAGUAGCUUACUUGUAGAUGAACGCAGCCUAGUUCUCAGUUUUGGCGACUAACACCAAUACAUACUUUGUACUCGUAAGAUAUUUAUACAAUACAUUGGUCUUAGCAGAGUGACUAUCUGUCAAUUUAUCUACAAAGAGAAUAUAUUAUUGCGUUUCAUUCCCAGAAGCAUUUAUUUGUUGUUGUUUUAUCUACCUAACAUUACCGCUUUUGUAAAUUAUAUAAAUUUUAUAGAAGAGAUCUAUUUUUAUUGUGAAGUUGAUCUACUGGAUGUAAGUAAAGAACCUAUAUGAAAUUUAUUUCUUUUAAUCUGAACUGUUAUUUGUUACAUAUUUUAAUAAUUUCUGGUAACUAUUGUCACCAAAAGUGCUCAUCGCUGUCAAGAAAAUUAGAGAAAAAAUGCAUUAAAGAAUGAAGAAAUCCG